ACACUUCUUAAGCGGGGGGUUCUUCGGUAUCAUUUCACGAAGAAGGAAACACAGCACAUUGCCUUCAGAACGACGAUGGGUACCGUGCAACUUCUGCUUGUGUUUCUCUGCUCUUUCUCCGCGUCUCUAGGAGUUCCGAGAGAGGAUCUGUACCCGUUUGGUCCCAGCAACGGAGACAAAGUACUAAGGAAAGGAGACGAUGUUAGCUCCAAGGAGAUCCCACUUGAUAUCGAUAUCGGUUUCUUCAACAAAAGACACAGAAGUAUUUUUGUAAAUAGUAACGGUCACCUGUCUUUUGUGACGGAGCUUCCACGCCACAAGAGUGACCUGAUCCUGCCACGGAUAGGCUAUGAAGUGAUAGCAGUGUUCUUGGCAGACAUAGACACAACCACUGAUGAGUCAGGCAAUAUCUACUAUAGAAAAGAAGUAGCUAAUCAGCAAUUACUAAACAGGGCAUCGCGGUCCAUUCAACAACACUUUAAAAAUGUCAACAACUUUAGAGCAAAAAUGCUUUUCAUCGCCACGUGGGACAGAGUUGGUUACUAUGACAGGCAGCAUGAUUUGGUGAACACAUUUCAGGUUGUGCUAGCCACAGAUGGGAGAGAUACUUUUGCUCUCUUCCAUUAUGUUGACAUCAACUGGAUCCAGAGUUGGGGCAAGAACGCUCCCCUGGCCCCAGAUGUGCCUGCCCAGGCCGGGUUUGACGCUGGAGACAAGAGAAGAGGACUGACACUGCCUGGCUCUGCCACCAAGGGCGCCACCAACUUUGCACUCUGGUCCAAUGUUAACAGCCCUGGGGUAUGGAUGUUCCACAUAGGGUUUACUAAUGGUGAUAAUGUCAAGGCUGCAGAUGCCAACUCUGGACAGGAUAAGGGAGACAAGGCAGAUAACACCUGUGCUAGCCAGGCCAGUACCUGUCACAGUGAUGCACAGUGUAUAGACUACAACCCUGGCUUCUGCUGCAAGUGUGUGGCUCCAUUCUUUGGCAAUGGGAAAGAUUGUCUGGAACCAGGUGUCCCACAGAGAGUAAAUGGCAUAGUGACAGGUACAAUCAAUGGUCAGCAGGUCGGUCCAACUGACCUCCACUCGUACAUCGUGACCUCGGAUGGCAGAGCAUACACGGCUGUCAGUCGUAUCCCACCAAGUAUUGGCUACAGUAUGCAGAGCUUGGCUCCAGUAGGCGGCAUACUGGGGUGGCUCUUUGCCAAACCAGAGAGACCAGGAUCAAAGAAUGGGUACAUGGUGGCAGGGGGCCGCAUGAACAGGACAGUCACAGUCCGUUUCCAGAGCACAGGCGAUGUGUUAACAGUCCGCCAACACUUUGAGGGUCACAAUGCUCUGAACUACAUGCAGAUGCAAACCUACAUCAAUGGCACCAUCCCAGAAAUACAGGAAGGCCAAAAAGUCACCAUUGAUGACUAUAAUGAAGAGUUUAGAAGAAUUUCUGCAGGCCAGAUGCGUUCAUACUCGGACCGUGUAUACAGGCUGGAUGGGGUGGCGUACCGCUACAGUGUUGACCAGACUGUAGUGUAUGAAGCCUGCGAGUACGAACCUCAGGAUACAGACUCCAUGAAACUGGGAGUAUCCAGAAACUUUGUUGUCUACGACCCUAAAGAAAUGAUUGUGAGAUAUGCCCUGACCAAUAGAGUGUCACCCAUGGCUUCCAGUGACCCCUGUGUCUCAAGUGGUCAGAUUUGUGACGAGAAUGCUGCAUGUACUCCCGUGGGACAGCAGUACCAGUGCAGGUGUAAGAAUGGUUACCAAGGCAACGGAAUUACCUGUGAAGAUAUAGAUGAGUGUGCCACAGGUAGAGACACCUGUCAUCCUAAUGCUCGCUGUUACAACACUGACGGAGGUCAUGAAUGUCGCUGUGAGGCUGGAUAUGUGGGCGACGGAAGAAACUGUCAAAGAGAUGUGUUGACGUGUGGUGCUUACCGCUGUGAUCCCAAUGCACGCUGUGUGUACGACAGUGAUCUUGGCGCACCCAAGUGUGAGUGCACCUCUGGUUUCUCUGGCACAGGAGUUCAAUGCACCCGCAUUGAGUUCAGCUGUAAUGAGGUUAACAACUGUGACGCAAACGCAGAGUGUGUGCUUGACCAAGACACAAAUUCUUACCAGUGUGAAUGUAACGAUGGAUUUAGUGGUGAUGGGUUGUCGUGUUCUGGCACUGAGCAACCUGAAAUCAACUGUCAGAACUGUCACGUCCAUGCCCAGUGUAUCUUUGACGUGAGUGGAUUGUUCCACCGCUGUCAGUGCCACGAGGGGUACACAGGAGACGGAAAAGAUUGUACUAGGAUACAGUAUGAGAUUGGUUGCAAUGUGGUUAACAAUUGUGACAUUAACGCACAAUGUGUACCUGUCGAGGGCGUGUAUCAGUGUCGCUGUAACCAAGGUUACUAUGGUGAUGGACAGCGCUGUCUACCAAGCAACGAUUGCAGUGUUGUCAACAACUGUGAUGUGAACGCUCAGUGCCUCUACGAAAAUGGCCGCUAUCAGUGUCGCUGCAACUCUGGUUACCGUGGUGAUGGUCAGACAUGUCAACAGGCCAAUGACUGCAGUGUCCUCAGUAACUGUCACCCCAACGCCAGAUGUAUUGAUGUGGGCGGUGGAUCGUACCAGUGUCGCUGUGCUCUGGGUUAUGGAGGGGAUGGCUAUACAUGCACCCCAGAGCAGUGUAAUGUGAUUGAUAUUUGUGACCGCAAUGCACAGUGUGUGCCAGACGCCAUUCUACGCCGUUAUGUCUGUCAGUGUAGGGAGGGAUACACAGGAAAUGGUCGCACUUGCACGCCAUCUGUUAUGCCAUGCAAUCAAGUCAACAACUGUGACCCUAAUGCUGACUGCCUGUAUGAGUCUUCCACUGGAGCAUAUAGAUGUAUAUGUAGGCAGGGCUAUGAGGGAGAUGGGUAUGCUUGUAGACCUGGAGCCAACUGCAGGAACAACCCCAACAUCUGUGACCCCAAUGCAGCCUGCACCCUGGCCGGCAGUGACUAUGUCUGUCUGUGUAAUAGAGGUUACCGUGGUGAUGGCAAGAGGUGUUAUGCUUCCUCAGCAGCAGACAGCUACCUCCUGUACACCCAAGGCAUGUCCAUAAUGCAGGUACCUUUCAACCCCAGCCAGAGAGAGCCUGGCAAGCAGGUGCUGCUCAUACCAGGUCAGACAGCUAUUGGUAUAGAUGUGGACUGUUAUGAGCGCAGUAUUUACUGGACAGAUGUCUCUAACAGGGUGAUCCGCCAGGCCAGAUUGGAUGGGUCUGAUCAGAAAAUUGUCAUCAAAGAUCUUGGCUCCCCAGAGGGCGUUGCUGUGGACUGGGUGUCCAGGAACAUGUAUUGGUCAGACUCAGCUCUGGACAGAAUAGAGGUGGCCAGGCUGGACGGAUCUUACAGGAAGACCCUCUUCAAGACUGGACUGGUCAACCCCAGAGGCAUUGCUGUGGACCCAGCUAGGGGGAACAUGUAUUGGGCUGACUGGAACCGAAGGGAGCCAAAGAUUGAAGUAGCCAACAUGGACGGCACCAACCGUAGAAUAUUUGUCCAGGACAACCUUUUGCUGCCCAAUGGACUGACUAUGGAUUACUCUUCACAGCAGUUAUGCUGGGGAGAUGCUGGUACACAGCGUGUUGAAUGUAUGAGGAUAGAUGGCGUUGGUAGGCGCACCAUCUAUGGUCUGGCUUCAUAUCCGUUUGGUCUGGCCAGCACAGACACCACUAUAUACUGGACGGACUGGGAGACCAAGACAAUCCCAAACAUAGAUAAAAAUGGCGGACGUCCCAACGAGGCUCUGAGUUUGCCUGUUGGUGGCAAUGGCAAGUUGUAUGGAAUUUCAGUUGUCAGGAAUCAGUGUCCAGCAGGAUCAAACGCAUGUGCUCGUAACAAUGGAGGUUGCCGUUUCCUGUGCCUGCCUACCCAGUACGGUGGCCACACAUGCGCAUGCCCAGAUAACGUGGAUGAAAAUGAAUGUAACGAACUCUUACUAAAAUUGUAAAGGUGCUAACGUCAAAGUUUGCCAAAAUAAAAAAUCACAGAUACAGGAGAAAGACAUCCAUCCCUCUUCACAGUUAUGAAGAGAACAAGUCCUCAAGAACAACUGUGAUUCUAAUAUUGUAUCAGUUCUUUAUCUAAGACAUUGUAUAAUGACGGUUUUAACUUGACAGUAAUAUUAUGUGUAUAUUCAUCUUGAAGGACUUUGUUCCUUUUGUACAGAACAUAUAAACCCACCUAUACUAGAACAGCUCCUCUGUAGAAAGGGAAAUUUCGCAGGACUUGAUGCAUUUUAUGCCAGUGGAGAUGUAGUUUUGGCAGGUGCAUGAAAACUAGACAUACUCAUUCAUCAAGACAUUAAGAAAUGAAUGUCCCAGUUAAAGGCGGAGUUGGAAAUACUCCCAUUGUCAUAGGCACCAGAUGUUUUAAACCUCUCAGGUUGACCCAACUUGUAUUAUAUUGAAUUUUUAUAGCGUAUAUAUAUAUAUAUAUAUUAGAAAUUUUAGAUGUUUCCUUUAAAAUCUUUUUUACAUUUUAAAAAAGUAGCAGUAUCAGUUUGGAUAUCAUGUUCAAAUGAAAUUUUGUUGCUCAAACUGUUCUCCUUGCCAUUAAAAUUAUGAACUACAGAGAAAUAAAUGGCCAAGCUUUUCAA